GGGAGAGCCAAUCCUACCCUCCCAGGGCUGGAGCGCAUGUGGAGCCCUGGGCCUCGUAGCCCACACACGACUCUGUGGUCCCUGUCUCUUCGCGUGCCUUUUACUCAACACCAGAAACUAACGGUUGUUUAAACCUCGCAAUUCCAGAAACUUCCCUAGGUCUUGUCCAGUUUUUUAAAAAGGGGCUGCCCAGUGAGGCGGAGAAAGUGGACUGGUGUCGAGUGAUUGAUAACUCCGUCAACCAAUAAGGAUUCCUAUCUCGCUCGCCUCAGGAAAACCAUCGUAACUCCGUCUCCAGCUGGAUUUGUGCGUGACAGCGUAUAAUUCACGAUUUCGUUUUCAAUAAAAAAAAGCAUUCGUUUUUGAAACUGAAGGCCUUCAAGGCGAAGAGCGGCAUGUCCUCGCGACGGGCGGCCCGUAGGCGGAUCCUGAACAAAAGUCUCCUUAUCAAAGAGGCGUCACCCAGAGGCAAGCCAAAAGCCUCAGGCUAUUGGCUCCUUGCUUUCCGUGAUGGGCAACCUCCCCGGCCAGUGGCUUCUUCGUCUAGAGGCGUCUCCUCCUCGCCCCGGGCCGGGCCCUGCCCCAAGCCGCUCUUGCUGGUGGAGAUGGGCUCAGCCAAGAGCGUCCCCGUCACCCCAGCGCGGCCGCCGCCGCACAACAAGCUCCUGGCCCGAGUGGCGGACCCGCGUUCCCCCAGCGCCGGCAUCCAGCGCACUCCCAUCCAGGUGGAGAGUUCCCCACAGCCAAGCCUGCCCUCGGGAGAACAGCUGGAGGGGUCCAAACAGGCCCAGGAUUCGGAUCCCCGCUCUCCAACCCUUGGCAUCGCGCGGACACCCAUGAAGACCAGCAGUGGAGACCCCCCAGGCCUCCUGGUGAAGCAGCUGAGUGAAGUGUUUGAGACUGAAGCCUCCAAAUCCAGUCUUCCCCCCGAGCCAGCUCUGCCCCCAGAGCUACCUUCCUCCUCUGACUCGGACUUGCCGCUGGGUCCUCAGUUAGCCCUUGAGGGCCACAUGCCAGCCUGGAAGCCGACUGAGCUCCCCUCCAGACAGGGGCUUUCCACGGAGGAAGCAAGACAGCCCACGGAGACCCCUGUGGGCAGCCAGAGCUCAGACAAGGCCCUGAGAGAGCCUGAGACGCCCCGAUCUUCAGGUUCUAAGCACAAUAGGCGGAAACCGAGUGGCAAAGUGUUAGGGAGACCCCCACUCACCAUCCUGCAAGACGACAACUCCCCCGGCACCCUGGCGCCACGGCAGGGAAAGCGGCCUUCUCCCCUAAGUGCCAAUGCUCGGGAGCUGAAGGAAGGGUCCGUGCUCGGGACCGGGCGGCUUCUGAAAGCUGGAGGGCGAGCCUGGGAACAAGGCCAGGACCACGACAAGGAAAACCAGCACUUUCCUUUGGUAGAGAGCUAGGCCCUGUGGGGCCAGCGACGGGCUCUCCGGGACCCAGUGACUUCCGCAUCCUUCCCCCCUGUGCCUGGGAGCCCAAGGAAAGGCUUGUCUUCGACUCCUCCUAAACCAGCCACUCUGGACUGAGAACGUUACUGGGCUUUCUUAGUAUCUCGUGUGUCUCUUGUAUAUUAAAGGAAGUGAUUUUAUUUUA